GGGAACAUCAAGUGUUACAGCACUCUGUAAAUACCCAGGUCCAUGGCAGGGAAACAACUCAAGAGCUCUCCUGCAAACAGUAAGUGUAGGCUUUAUAUGACUUGUUCAAGUAAAGCUGUUCCUUUCUUGGCAGCCCCACCUCAGCCUAUUUCGUAGGACAAAUAUAAAGAAAGGAAAACCCUCCUUGUAGAUCUCUUCCAGGACCUUUGCACAUUCCAGGUAAGCAAGCUUUGAAGUAAAGGGGUCCACUGAAUGAGGUCUGCUUCCCUAUCUGUGCUCACCCCCUUCAGGGACUCAGGAUGGACUUGUUCCUUCACAUUAGGACUGCAGCUUAUUACGCAGUCGGGUUCCUCCGUCAAGAGUUUUUGCUCCAUCUGUCUUUGCCUUGACAGCCUCCCCAACCUUGCAUUUUAGUGUGAAUUUCUCCUAAUGCACACGUUUGCAUGCAAUUUUGCCCAUUAUCCACAUAAAGCAACUUGUGCUAAUACAAUGCAUUUUUGCUAAUUAUCCACAUUUUUGCAAAGCAAUUUUCACAAAAAACCUAAUGCAUUUUUGCUUGUUUUUUUGGUAUCCCUCUGUCUCGACAGACAAUGGAGUCCACCUCUGGAGGUGAAGUCAAACCACUGCAUUAGCAGCACCAAAGUGACCCUCCUUGGGGCACAAGCCUGGGUACUGUAUAUGGAGGUCCUGGGCUGCCCAGAUGACAAGACCCCAAUUGCUGAUGUGGUCCAAAGCAGAGCAAAAUAUUUGGCACUGGCUUCCACUAAUAUAUGCAUUGUUAUGCACAGAUUAACUAGCAUAUACCUUUUUUGUAAACUUUACUUGGCUGAAGAAACGCAUUGCAAAAUUCAGAGAAGUGUGAAUUCCCAAGGAUGGCUGUGUUUCAGUUCUCUUUUUGUUCCAGAAAAUGUGCCUUAAUUUGAGAACACGCUGGUGAUGGGGAAUGCUAUUUUCUAUGACCCAGCCUGCUUCCUCAAAACAGCGUGGUUAAUCAUCAGCACUUUUCCUGUUAAACAUAGGAGGAUACAGGUUUGUAAUGACCUUGCAAACCAUUCCAAGUAACGUUUCACUACAGUCAGAGGAGGAGAUUAGGAUCUUCGGGUUGCUAACGAUUCUUUUUUUGGUGUGUGUGUGGAAAUAACAGCAAAAGAAAACAAAGUGCCAUGGGGAACGACGGGUGUGAUCAGGUAAAUGAAGAAAAUAGAAGCCAAAAUGGCGAGAUGCAACUCAAAAGAACCAUAGGAUAUUUUGAAGGUGCCAGCUUUAUCGUGGGCACCAUUGUAGGGGCAGGGAUCUUUGUCUCCCCCACUGGAGUGCUGAAAUAUUCUUUGCUCAAUGUUGGCGUUGCAUUGAUCAUCUGGACAGCUUGUGGCAUCGUAUCGCUGAUGGGCGCUCUCUGCUAUGCAGAGCUGGGAACAGCGUUACCGCUCUCAGGAGGCGAAUACAGCCACAUCAAGAGAGCCCUGGGCUCUCCCUUGGCUUUCAUCUUUCUGUGGACGGCAGUGUUCAACAAACCCGCCUCAAAUGCCGCUCGGGCCUUGCUGUUUGCUGAGUAUGCCACCAAGCCUUUCUACGGCGAGUGCCCGGUUCCCGACGUGCUGAAGAAAUCUCUGGCUUUGGCGGUCCUCUGGUGCCUCGGGAUCCUCAACGGUCGAAGUGUCAAGAUGGCUGCUUGGGUGCAGACCGUUUUCACCGUCCUGAAGAUGAUGGCGCUCUCUGUAAUCGCGGUUGGCGGGAUUGUCCUGCUGAUCAGGGGAAGGAAAGAGAACGUAGCAAGGUUUGAGAAUGCCUUCGGCUCAGAAAUCCCAGAUGCUGCGCAGGUUGCGGAAGCGUUUUAUCAGGGGCUCUAUGCAUAUGGCGGCUGGUGGUCUCUCAACUAUUUGUCAGGUAUAUCUCUCAUUUUUGCUUUCAGUUGGCAGUUGUGAUGUCUUGACUAUGGAACUGAGGCUCCACACAGGUGUCAGUGACUUUUCUUGAUGAUGAAUAGAGUCCUGUACAGCUUCCUGGCUGGUUUCUUCAUACAGGCCUGAAGCAAUAAUUUUCUAGGCCAAGGAAAGAGAAGGAGGGAAGACACUGCAGGGUGGAUUAUUCUAAAGCAGUGAACAACUAAUUCACAAGUACUGAGCACAGUGAAGCAGCUGGUUUAAUCACACAGAAUUAAACCACCUCACCACCUCACAUUUCUGAACCAUAGGAUUACCAGGGUUUUUUUAAAAAAAAAAUGUUUGCACUACUGUCAUUCAAUCAGGGAACACAUAGAUAAGUGUUAGGCCCAAUUCUGGAUCAGUUUCAGCCAUGUGAAAGUAUCCCUGCAGAUGUUGAAUUCUAUCAUCCUUGAUCUUUGGCUAUGCUCUCUGGUGCUGAUGGGAGUCCAACAUCAUCUUGGGUGGUCGAAGGUUUCGCAUUGGAUUCAGACAAAUCCUGAAUUAUGAUUCUAAGUCAGCUGCUGUGGAUGGAUUCAGAACUUCUCUGAGCUGAAGCAGGAUCUCUCAGAAGCACCCUGAACUGCUGGGGACCUUUAAAGCUAUUUGGGGUGAUUAAGAGAUCCAAAUGUUUUUUUAAAAAGCUAUACAGACCAUGUGCAGGGGUGCGAACUUGAAUAAAAUACGUGAUCAUGUGUCUGAAAAAAACUGAAACGUGAUGAAAAUACAGGGUGGUCCUGCAGACUGACAGGACUAGAUUCUAAUCUAGGAGUUGCCAAUCCUUUGGGGCACAUGGGCUUUUUGAAAGAGUGCAGUGGGACCCAUGGUCUCUAGCUUCUUCUCCCCUCCCCCUUACAGACAGAAGAGAAAGCAUAUGCAUAUGCACACACACAAACACACUUUGGGGUUUUAAAAAUAUAGUCUAGACUCCAGGUGAAAGUCAGACAUAUCCUCUUAAAUUUGCAUGAUUUUACAUGGGACUCCACCACCGCCAGAAGCAUCAUCAAUUUAAAGCUGAUGGAUUUUCAUGAUUUUUUAAUAGGGUGGUAACCAAAUCACCAGAAAAUUUAUACCUGUGGAUAUAAAUGUGACCCACAGUUUUGAGGGGAUCCCUCAUAAAAAUUAUGAGGAUGCAUAAGAAUCCAUACCCCCAAAACAUGUUUUUUGUGCAAUGACUGUGCUGGGGAGCACCAGAGCUGAUUUUUAUGAUCCAGGUGUGAUCUGUGAUUUGAUGGUGGUGAGGAGUAGGGAAAUCUGUAGCAAAAACAUGCAAUAUGAAGAAGAAGAAGAAGAAGAAGAAGAAGAAGAAGGAGGAGGAGGAGGAGGAGGAGGAGGAGGAGGAGAGUUUGGAUUUGAUAUCCCGCUUUAUCACUCUCCUUCAGGAGUCUCAAAGCGGCUAACAUUCUCCUUUCCCUUCCUCCCCCACAACAAACACUCUGUGAGGUGAGUGGGGCUGAGAGACUUCAGAGAAGUGUGACUGGCCCAAGGUCACCCAGCAGCUGCAUGUGGAGGAGCGGAGACGCGAACCUGGUUCCCCAGAUUACUCUUAACCACUACACCACACUGGCUCUCCAGUAUCCAGAGGAUACCUUUUAUUGGAUUUGACUUUUAUCUCUUCCCUCGCUUUUUUUAUCUCUCCCCUCUCUUUUUCUGACUCUCUGUUCUCACUCCCCACCCCAACACCCUCCUCCUCCUGCUCCCUGCUGCAUCUUGUUUCUCCCCCUCCUGCCUCCUCCAGUCACUCUGUUGCCUCCCCCAUCUCUCAGUCAGCUUUCUGCAUUUCUCUGUUGCUGGGCUAGGUCACUGUUAGCCAAGCUACAGAACUAUGCUUAAGCAGCCAUCUCAUACGUGGCCCAAGGAAUGUAUAUUUGUGCCAAGAACAGAAACAUAAGAUAAGGAAAGCGGUUGGCACAUAAGUAACUACCUACUUGGAGCAUUCCAAGGUGGUGGUGAAAUCUUCCCUUUGGUUUGCACCUGGUUACAGCUGCUGUGAGUGUUGAACAAACCUAAGCAGUGUACAUAAUGUACGUAUUGUCCUGAGUCUUUAUAUUUGCUCUGUUUCCUCAAGACUGAACUAGGACCACACAGUUACUUCCUGACAGGCAUCAAUUUGACCAUUGUUGCUGGUUCUCAGAGCAGCAACCGGUGAUGUAAUCAUUGCAAAUUGAUUCAGUAAAACACAAUGGCUGGGAUCUGAAAUUCCACAAAGUUGCAAUGAACACUCUUAAAAUAAUUCUCUUCUGUUUCAAUAAAAGCUUUACAUAUGGAACAUCCCAAACACUGUGGUUUAGAGAAGGCCACUGUUGCAUGAGAUGUCUCCAUUCACCCCAUAUCUGUUGGCUUGGAGUUCCUCUAGAAAAAUGAUCUUAUGCGUGCUUUCUGAUUUUACUCUGUUUUAGUUUUAUAGUAUGGGGAAUGUUUUUGCAAUGAUCAACACGGUACUUGGAGGAACAUAAGUUAGUAAAGAAAAUAUGGCAAAAGAAGCAUAAAUGGAAGUGAAAUUCUUUGUUUUGCAAAACAACAGGAUAUGGGGGGUGGGGGUGGGGGGAGAGAAUAGCAAUAAUCAUGCCAGCUAAAAACAUGGUAUAAGAAUAAAUGUAAAGCAGAUUUUUCACAAGAUUCAGCACCAAUUUUCAAAUUCAGCAUGUGGAAAUUCACAAAAAGAGCAUAGUCGUGAGUCUAGUAAAAGAAGUUAUGAUGUAUGCUUUCUCCCUUUACAAACAAAUGUUUUGGAAUGAUUUCUAGGCAGAGGGCCUUCUCAGUGGUGGCACCCACCCUGUGGAAUGCCCUCCCACCAGAUGUCAAGGAAAUGAACAAUUAUCUGACUUUUAGAAGACAUCUGAAGGCAGCCCUGUUAGGGAAGUUUUUCAUAUUUGAAGUUUUAUUCUGUUUAAUAUUCUGUUGGAAGCUGCCCAGAGUGGCUGGGGAAUAAAUAAUAAGUUCUUCUUCUUCUUCUUCUUCUUCUUCUUCUUCUUCUUCUUCUUCUUCUUCUUCUAAAUUUUCUAUUUCAGAGGAAGUUAAAAAUCCCAGCAGGAACAUUCCAUUGACUGUGAUGACAACACUUCCUUCAAUAACUGUGUUUUACUUGCUUGUGAACAUUUCAUACUUGACAGUUCUCACACCAAAGGAGGUUGUCUCCUCAGGUAGGCUGAUUGGUUUGCAUUUUUUAUUCAAGAACUGAUCAUAGAUAUAAUACAUAUUCAGUAGAUAAUAGAGAUGGAUGACCUGACAAUUGUGUUUUCUCCAUUUCUCAUUUUUCCAGUCUUAUGCUCAGUUUACUACUCUGCACCAAUAUGUGAUUUUUUAAAGUCAGCAUGUUAAUGUGCCUUUCUCCUUAUUCUUGUAUGCAUUUCCCCCCAAAUAUAAACAUUUUUUUAUAAACGAUUUCCCAUAUUGUUAAUGUUAUGUUCACAUUUAUACAUUUCUGUGCACACUUUCCUCUACAAUAUGCAUGUUUUGAUUGGAGAAGUUCAGAAAAGUGAGAAUUUCGAAGGAUACCUGUGUUUCAGUUUGUCUUUUGCUCCAGGAAGUACAAAUCAGGCAGGUUCAUAUUAAAAAGUGAACCAAACCAAAACGAGGCAGGCCAGGGUCUCAAGCAAACCAAAGCAGAGAUUUUGCUAAUAAAGUCAGAGUUUAAAAAGCAUGCAAUUAUGAACUAUGUUAAAGGUGGCAGAAAAUCAGAGUUAUGUUUGUGUGUUUAACUGAAGCCCUAUUUGGUGAUUUUUGGAAGUGCAUUUUAAAUUGUCAGUUGUUUAGCCUAUUCCAAUCAGGCGUAAGGGAUGAAGAAUGAAACCAAAUAAGCGACCGUUCAAGACUAGUUAUGCAACAAUGUGAAGGUAGCAUGCUAGCCUUUUACUAAUUUAAAACUAUACCUAAUAUAAAAUAAUUCCCCUUUGCUUUGGGAUGAGACUCAAAUCCCAUUGAAAUUUAUGGAUGAAUUUCUCUUCCAAGUGAUGAUGCGUGGUUUGUUGUAAAGAAGACGACAACAUAAAUUCAAUGUGACCAGCAUUAUUACUGAUUGCUGUAGGUGUACAAUCUUGUUUCUGGGAAUACAGAUGACAUCACUGCAACACACUUCAGCAACAAGGUGUGUGUGUGUGUGUGUGUGUGUGUGUGCCUGUGUGUAUAUGUGUGUUUGCAAUAUAUACAUAAUUUGGCUAAUGCCCCACCUCUUAUGGCAACAGAAAGUACACAAUCUGAAAUACUGCCGUGAUAGCCUGAUGCAGUACCUCCAACUGCUAGCGCUUUAAAUGGUCUGGCGGCCACUGAAACAUGAGACUAAACUUGAUGAUCCAGGAGAGCUGUCAAACUGUAACCAGGAGUCUGCUAAUGAUGUCGAUGUUUCCUUGCAGUUGCUGUAGCAGUCACUUGGGCCGACAGGGUGAUCCCUUCAGUUGCCUGGAUAAUUCCUGCAUCUGUGGCCAUCUCCAUAUUUGGCGCCCUCAACAGCAGCGUAUUUACACUCGGACGAUUGACCUAUGCUGGAAGCCAAUCCGGACAUUUGCCCACCAUAGUAUCCAUGCUCAAUGUCCACCACUGGACCCCAGCGCCAGCCAUGAUUUUCUCAACUGUCAUUGCAUCCAUUUUUAUUAUCCCAUCAGACCUAAUUGCUUUAACCAAUUAUUUUGGCUUCUCCGUUUGGCUGAUGAUUGGAUUAACUUGCACUAGCCUGAUUGUCCUCCGCUACCGAGAGCCUAAUCUGCACAGGCCAUACAAGGUAAAAAGAAAUACCUAAUUAAUUGCCAUAUAAAUAACACGCGAGUCUUGCAAGCUUUAAGCUAUGGACACUGUAAGCUCAACCCCAGUGAUACUAGAUGCGACAUAUGUGCAUUAGAAAUUGCCUUAUGCUUAGACAGAUGAUUGGUUCAUCUAGUCUAUAUUGUAUACACUGACCAGCAGCAAACCUUUUGGAGGGUCAGGCAGAGGUUUUCUACAUAAACCUUUAUAUAAACAUAUAUAUAUUAGGAGGUGAGCCUACUGAGUGAAGAGCAUGCAAUUAUAUGACAGAAUUCUUUUUUAACCUUGCCAAAAGACCACAUCUUGGUAUGGUCCAAAAUUACAUGUUGCCAUUUUGGAUAGAAUUGUUUUUAAAAGGUAGAUCUACACUGCCAUCUUAGCCUUGUCUAUUAAGAAAUAAGUGCUGAUGAAUUCAAUGGGGCUUGAAUUCAGAGAAGGUGGAGGUUAGAAUUGCAGCUUUCAUUGCACAUGGGUGUGUAUUAGGGGAAAAGAAAAUGUGUCUGGACUCUAUAAGCAGUGAUGCUGUGCACAUAUGGAAAAUGGCAGGGGGACCUGUACUGAAAAGGAGACAGGGAUUUUACUCAGCUACAGCUGCAGAAUCAAAGGCAAAUUCUGAAAGUGCAACACCAAACAAAUGAGCCAUAAUGCAAGGAUAGGUCCAGACAGGACCACCUUGCAUCGAGACAAGCCAAACUUCACAUGUGAAAAAUGACUGAACAGUUAUUUAUACCAUCCCCAGUGGCUGUAGGAAGAUCACUCAGUACUCAGGAAGUCUGGAGGAAAUCUCUUGCGUAAUGCAGCUCUGGAGAGAUUCUGCCUGGGGCUCUUUCAGUUCUUACCACCUGUCCCCCAAAAUAGUUGGUUGGCAGCACAAACAUCAUCUCUGCUCAGAAUAUGAAACGUAUUUUAUUUUUCUGCAGUUUUCACCCCAUGCUUGUUCAUAUAUCUGACAUUUGCUUUCCCAAACGCCUUUUCUGUUUUGCAGGUUUUCUUACCUGUCGCUUUCGGGAUGGUGGCGAUUUCACUGUUCUUAGUUUUAGCUCCUAUAGUCUGGUCUCCAAAGGUGCAGUACAUUUAUGCUUCCAUUUUUAUGCUUGGGGGUCUCCUCUUAUAUGUGCCUUUUGUCCAUUUUAAAAUUCAUUUUGCGUUUAUUGACAAAAUCACUUGCUACCUGCAGCUGUUGCUGGAGGUGUCACCUCCUCAUUAUAAAUCUGAGUAAGGGCAAAGGUUCAUACUUGGCUGCCUUUUUUGUGUGUUUGAAGAAUGUGGCUUGGAUCUAGAAUAGCACAAAUGGAAUAUUGCUUCCUACAGCCUUCUCUCCAAGGGGGUGGGGGAGACAGUUGGUUUUAAUGCAGACCCACCUAAUUUGCAUUUCUUCAAACAAUACGCAAACUGAAAUGCAACUCACUGUUGAAAUUUGCCCUUCUGAUUUUGCAAUGCUGUUCUCCAACCCAAAGAAAUGUAUACAAAAAAUUUCUGUAUUAGGGGAAAUUAUGCACUAAUAUAUCAUACCUUCCAACAGCUUGUGUCCCAACGCUGGGAUGCAUGUCUUCCCACCUGUGCUUCUGGGUGAGUCAAAUGUCCUGCAUGAGAUCAUGGAGCCCAAAAUACAUGCUUUCUUUUGGGAGAGAUCUUGCCACGGAAUCUCAUGAGAUCAAGGCACCCAAAUGGCUGCUGUGCUCUCGUGCAAGAAAAUUGGAUGCCACAUUUUUUUCCUAGAACACUUUCAGGCUAUGAUAUAUUCAUGAGACUAACACAAAAAAUGCAUUGUAUUAGAGUAAAUUGGAUACAGAAAUAUGUAUAUUAGGCAUAGCUGUCAACUUUUCCCUUUUCUUGCGAGGAAUCCUAUUCGGAAUAAGGGAAUUUCCCUUAAAAAAAGGGAAAAGUUGACAGCUAUGAUAUUAGGAGAAAUGCAUAUUAAAUGCAGAUGAAUUUUUGUGAGGUCUUUAAAAAAAAUCACAAACUGAUUUGUAAAUAUCGUGAACUGAACAUAAGAUUUGAAAAAUGAGAAACAGAGAGAAACUAAAACCGACAGAUUUGUCAGUCUGUAUUUCUCACUGCUCCUGCCAACCUAGCAGUUCGAAAGCACGCCAAAGUGCAAGUAGAUAAAUAGGUACCACUCCGGCAGGAAGGUAAAUGGCGUUUCCGUGCGCUGCUCUGGUUCGCCAGAAGCGGCUUAGUCAUGCUGGCCACAUGGCUGUAAGCUGGCUCCUUCGGCCAGUAAAACGAGAUGAGCACCGCAACCCCAGAGUCGGUCACGACUGGACCUAAUGGUCAGGGGUCCCUUUACCUUAUUUCUCACUGCAUCUCCCUGGACCAUCACCUCAAAGCACAAGGGUACACAAUCCCCAUUGUGUGAGUGUUUUUCUGCACCCCACCCAAUGUUUCUUAAGGUUAUAAUUUAGUAGAGCUGUCACCUGGUUAAAGGACUCUGAAUUUGAAAGCAGCCCAAUGCCCCUUUUUUGUUGCUUGCAUUUUAAACUUUAUUUCAAAAGAGAAGAAAACCCAAUUUGCUGGCUGAAGAUGACUGUUCUUAGUAACCCAAACUUGUGUUAAACUGUGUUCAAGCAUUGUGUUUUAAUGCUAAUGGGACAUUACGUGAAGGGCAGGAAUUAAUAAUAAUAAUAUCAUUGGAUGGAAUAAUGUUUAAGUGUAACUGAUUUCGGAUGGUUUUUUAUUGUAAUUGUUUUUGGAAGGUUUUAGAAUGUUUUUGCUUUUGUUUUCUAAUGGUAUAUCUGUUUGCUGUUCUGGGUUCCUGGGUGAGAUAUAAAUUGAAUAAAUAAUAAUAGGAAAAACUCUUGGGG